UGCUGACUUUUGCCGGAAGUUCUGGCUCCGGCUGCGGCCCACGUUCCUCUCUGUUGGGGCGCAAGGCGCUCAGCAGGGCAGGCGCCGCGGCAAGUGCGGAACCACCAUCUGCAAGCUGGGCCCGCGCCGCCUGGGAUUAGGCGAGUGAGCGGCAGCUCCUGGCCAGAGCGCGGAAGGUUCUUUGGAGAACUUCAAAGCGCCGUGCGUUGGUGACAACAGGGACACCACCGAGGCAGCCCCGCGGGUCUUCCCGGUUUUAUUGAUUGAUUUCAUUCAUUCUGCGCCAGGCCGUUCGGGGCACAAGGAAGAGAGCCGGACACUCCAGUUAAUAACCUGCCUCCUCAGGCCGCGCCGUCCAGGAAGGCGGACAGGCCUCACGAGGGCAAGGCGCACGCCACGCUGAGAAUAUAGAAAGAAACGCUUGAACACCGCGUGUCAACACAAGCUACCAAAACUCAAGACGUCGGAUUAGAAGCAGGUGCUCUUCUCGCAUCACGAGCGCCUUGCUUUCCUGUUGGUCCCGGGCUCUGCGCUCGGACAGCUCUGGCCACAUCUCAGGGUGGACAGCCACAGUCCAAGCCGCCAGUGACUCGGGUUGCUGCGUGGAUUCUAAAGGGACAUAAUUAAAUACACAGCUACUGACUCCGGUGGCCCUGGUGACCGGAGGGGCAGCUUCGGGGUGCAGUGGACAAUCCAGGAGGUACAAGGAAAUGUUAGAACUAGUGAUCUCGCCCAGCCGCACUGUCGACAGCCACCGCCGGGAAGCACCGCACCUCAGCCGCGACGGCCACUCCGGGGGGGCGCUGAGUGACGGAGAAGGUGUCACCAAGCCGGCCCCUCCGAGCGUGCCCCAGCUUUUUGCCAGGCCUUGCCCGCGUGGCCUGCCCAGCCAGCCUCCCACCGCCAUGGCGGCCUACGGCCAGACGCAGUACAGCGGGGGGAUCCAGCAGGCGGCCCCCUACGCGGCUUACCCGCCUCCUGCACAAGCCUACGGAAUCCCUUCCUACAGCAUCAAGACGGAGGACAGCCUGAACCACUCCCCCAGCCAGAGCGGAUUCCUGGGCUACGGCUCCGGCUUCAGCACCGCGGCCCCUGGACAGAGCCCCUACGCCUACCAGAUGCACGGCACGGCGGGCCUCUACCAAGGAGCAAACGGACUGACCAACUCGGCCGGAUUCGGGAGCGUGCACCAGGACUACCCUUCCUACCCCGGCUUCCCUCAGAGCCAGUACCCCCAGUAUUACAGCUCGUCCUACAACCCCCCCUACGUCCCCGCCAGCAGCAUCUGCCCUUCGCCCCUGUCCACGUCCACCUACGUCCUCCAGGAGGCACCUCACAACGUCCCCAACCAGAGUUCUGAGUCCCUGGCUGGUGAAUACAACACACACAAUGGACCCUCCACACCAGCCAAAGAGGGGGACACAGACAGGCCGCACCGGGCCGCGGAGGGGAAGCUCCGGGGACGGUCCAAGAGGAGCAGCGACCCCUCCCCGACAGGAGACAGUGAGAUCGAGCGUGUGUUCGUGUGGGACCUGGAUGAGACCAUAAUUAUUUUUCACUCCUUACUCACGGGGACGUUCGCAUCCAGAUACGGGAAGGACACCACGACGUCCGUGCGCAUUGGCCUGAUGAUGGAGGAAAUGAUCUUCAACCUCGCAGACACACACCUGUUCUUCAACGACCUGGAGGAUUGUGACCAGAUCCACGUUGACGACGUCUCCUCGGAUGACAAUGGCCAAGAUUUAAGCACCUACAACUUCUCCACCGAUGGCUUCCACAGCGCAGCGCCGGGGGCCGGCCUGUGCCUGGGCACCGGCGUGCACGGCGGCGUGGACUGGAUGAGGAAGCUGGCCUUCCGCUACCGGCGGGUGAAGGAGAUGUACAACACCUACAGGAACAACGUGGGCGGCUUGAUAGGAGCUCCCAAAAGAGAGGCCUGGCUUCAGCUGCGAGCCGAGCUGGAGGCGCUGACGGACCUCUGGCUCACGCACUCCCUGAAGGCACUGAACCUCAUCAACUCCCGGCCCAACUGUGUCAACGUGCUGGUCACCACCACCCAACUGAUCCCUGCCCUGGCCAAAGUCCUGCUGUAUGGACUGGGCUCCGUGUUCCCUAUUGAGAACAUCUACAGUGCCACCAAGACAGGGAAGGAGAGCUGCUUCGAGAGAAUAAUGCAGAGGUUCGGCAGGAAAGCCGUCUACAUCGUGAUCGGCGACGGCGUGGAAGAGGAGCAAGGAGCCAAAAAGCACAACAUGCCCUUCUGGCGGGUCUCCUGCCACGCAGACCUGGAGGCGCUCAGGCACGCGCUGGAGCUGGAGUACCUAUAGCGCCCGCGCCGCCGCCCGCCAGCCACCGCCCAGAGCCGCGGAGGCCCCACGCCGGACCCAGGCAGCGUCCCGCACCCAGAGGACGUCCGGUGGCCGCCUGGCGGGGGUCCUGAGGAGGAGAGGGCCCCGCGCCACCCUGGGACCCGGGGCUGGCGCGACUCCAGACUUUUCUGCAGGACUCGCGGGACAGAAGCAGGACGGCCGCUGGGAGGCUGGUGGCGGCGGGUUUCUGUCGUGUUGUUCUUAAUUUAUGGACUGGCCUCACGCUCUGCGUGACGCUCUGGCACCUGCGUUGGUGUCCUAGCCGCGGGUCCACUCGUUGGACCUGGCAGGGCAGGGGACCCGGCAGCCCUGGCCAGGGCUCUCCUCCAGGCCGUGCCCUGGGGGACGAUCGUUCUUCGGCAUCUGGAGGGAGGCGAUUCGGGGCUGUUGGGAGGACUGGCUUAUCUUUGUUUUGAAGACGUCUGGACAGCACACGUGCCUUAUGCUGCCAUCUUGUUUUCUAGGGAGAGGACACUGGGAAGGAAGCAGUACUUUGUGAUGGAUAAAAGGCAUUAAAUAAAACCACGUUUACAUUUUGAA